CGCUCGCGCGUUCUUGUUCCUGGUUUAUUUCGUACCCAGAGAUCUCGAUAACUUGAAUGAGUGUCUCGGGCAUCAUAACCCUAUCGAGAAAGUGCUCGAGCAGAACAGAACUCAAUCUUUCCACCCAAGUCAAAGCAACCAAAACUAUUGCUGCCCACUCACCAAUAACCCAAACCCAAACCAACACCCAAGAUCUUCAAAGUCCUGCCCUGGCUACGGUCCGGCUCCCUUCCCCGAGACGAGAAACCAAACCUUCACAGACCAGACAAAGCCAUGAACUAUCCACCCCCUAUCACACACCACAAAUGUUUCAUCGCUGACUCGCUAGAAACCUCUGCGAGAAGUGAAGUGAGGCUCGGAUCGCUCCCGAGUAACGAAGAUGAGACGGUGCCUGUCGGCAUUUGGUGCUUCGUGUUAUUUUCGAUGAUCGUCGCUCACUUUGGGUCGUUGGACGUUGGUCGAGAUUCGAAGGAUCUUCAUGACUCGGGACUGUGUCUGGACGGGUGAUGACUUUCCCGCCUCAUCAUCACAUCACAGUAGUAGCAUGCCCAAACCAAAUGCAUUCAUUU